AUUGAAAGUAAACAACUCGCCAACAACGCGUUUAACGCUCGUUCACAGUGGUCCACUUGCCAGCCACCUAGAUCUCUCCUGGAAUCACACGUCUCGAUUCUAUAUACCUAGAAUAGAAUAACCGCAGGCAUUCUUAACUAUUGACAUGUCUUUUGGACCUCCUUUGCGUCCCCGCGCGCCUGCGCGGAACAGUCCUGCGCCCGGAUCCGCACCUUCUACACCGUCUGUUAAUGGGCCAAAGAGCAACCUCUCGCGAACCCCUUCUUCAUCUUCUCCUCGCAUUGGGGCACCAUUGGGGCCUAAAAGAGGCUCGCCGCGUCCCACGACACCUAGGCCAACAUCAUCUGGUGGUUCGCCUGAACGGCCGCUGAGUAGAGGUUCAGUUUCGGCAAGCUUAGCACGUGAGAUCGAGGAGAAGGAAGUGCUACUUGGGAAAGUCCAUGAACAAGAUGCAAUUAUUUCCGCUCUCAAUGCCGAAUCUAAGAAUUUCAUCUCUGCAUUGACUGCAGCAGAAGCUCGGAUGCAAGAGAUGGAUGCGGAUCAGGCCAGAAUGGAGGACGAGUUGGCUACCAAGAAUGAAGUCGCGGAGAAGCUGAGAAGUCAGAUCCGUGAGCUGGAGAAGGAGAAGCGCGAUUUACAGAAAAGAUAUAAUGAGCAAACCCAGACCUUCGAAUCCGAACGACAAUCAUUUUACGAUAAUGAGCAGCAUCUUAAAUCUCGCAUUCAAAACCUUUCUCAGUCCCAAAGAUCGAUAAGGACAAGAAAAUCAUCUAUGACACAGUCAAUAGUUACUGAGAGGACCUCGGAUGAACUGGAUCAUGAAUCUGAUUCCCUCAGAGGCGACGAGGAGGAACAUGAGCCUCCGGAGAUAAUUGCUAUGAAGCUCGAGCUCUCGACUCUCGCCACAUCACAUGCCUCACUGCAGGGCACCUUACAAUUAAUGCAGGCGCAGUUGGCGGAUCUCCAGCGGGUGAAUAAGGAACUUCAGGAAGAGAAUGAGAGUUACAACAUGUUGUUGAUAGAAAGGACCAUCUCCGGGCAGUACGAUCUCCUUCGCAGGACCACCCAGAACACAGAGACAGACGAUGUGUCAAGUUUGCACGGCACCACGAGUACCCGAUCUAACCUUGAGGCCUUGCCAGAAGUCGAUGAGGCCAAACAUGCGCCAACUGAGCUUGAACUCGCGCUUGCGCAGCCUCGUUCGAUCUCUCCCGCUACCUCGGUGCGCACUGGAGGAAGAAAAUCUCGUCGUGUUGGGUCGAUUUCCUCUGGAGGAGAGAGGGGCGAGACGCUAGGAGAUCUGCCUAUUACUGGACCUGGCCUGGAUCUUGCUGCCGAGCUGGGUCGGGCAGAGAACAAGGAGUAUGUGGAUCAGAUUCCCGAUGGGCCGAAGGAACCAGAACCACCAUUGCAAGUUGACGCUACCGUUGUUGAAGCGCUUCGCUCCGAAGUCAAAGCCCUCAAGGAUGCUAAUAAGGCCCUGAACUUGUAUGCAUCGAAGAUUCUCGACAGGAUCAUAGCUCAAGGGGGAUUCGAACAUGUCCUGGCAGUUGAUUACGAUUCCAAGCAUGUGCCAACCGAGAAGAAGACGGCCGCUUCACCUAAAGUGGUUCAGAAAGAGACUAAGCCGAGGACGGGACCAAAUCAAGAGCCAAGUAUCGCACAAUCAGAUGUGACAGCUCAGGAUUCACCGAAAUCGCCUCCACCCCAUGCGAGGCGGGCUUCAAAGCGAGGCAUUUCAAUUGACUGGGGCCGUUUCUGGCCCAGUGGCACAGCGUCGGCCGAAACACCUGUCUUACGCGAGCCAGUUCCACCAAUUCCAGAUCCGAUUAAAGCUACACCCACCCAGACAGCGAGAAAGCUUGAUCACGAGGACGAGGACGAAGAAGACCGCAUGCUGCGAGAGCGUCUUAAGGAAGAUAUGCGGCUGCAUGGAAUUGAAAAAGAGUUUCCACCUCGUGAAGUGAAAUCUCCCUCUCCUAAUACCGCUGUGUCAUCAUCGUUCCCUAAUGUGGGCUCGCCUGAAAUAGCAAUAAGCACUCCAACAACCCCUACUCCGUCAUUCAAGACUGGUUUGCCGUUCUUCGGACCGGGGACAUCCCCCUCGUCGUCAGAAGCAGCUUCACCCUCUGCUCCCCUCGCGCCGCUAACCAGUGAGGCGCUACAACAAGCUGAAGCCCGAACAACUCUUGCGGCAUUUGAUGCAAGGGAGAGGGAGCUAGCAGAAGAAAUUGCCAAAGGUCGGUCUGGCGGAUUUACUGAGAUGACUUCGCCUCGACCAGGUUCCUCGCUGAGUCAGCGACAUCGCAGUCGAAGGAGUGGUGGGAGUGGACACAGUGCAAAAAGCGGAGCUUCUACGUUGUUCAGUGCAGGGAGAGCAAGCAUGGAAGAGAGUUUGGGAGGAUCAGUAAAAGACGAAGCCUGAGCGAGACAUACUCUCACUUCUUCACACACUAAUAAAGCAUUGUGGCAUACAUGCACUUAUUCUGUACAGUACCUCUUGCAUGCCUGAGUCAUGUUUGUACUAUACCGGCGAUUAAUAGAUCAUAU